UCAAAGCUCUCCUCCAAUGGCUACCCAAACUCACCACCAGCUUCACUUCCUCCUUGUUCCUCUAAUGUCCCAAAGUCAUCUUAUCCCCUUCAUAGACAUGGCCAAGCUCCUCGCUCACCACGGCAUGGCCGUCUCAAUCAUCAUCACACCCCUCAACGCAAUCCGACACAAUGCAAUUAUCGAUUAUGCCAAACACUUGAACCUCAACAUCCAAUUCAUCUCCCUCAAGUUUCCUGGUACAGAAGUCGGAUUGCCUGAGGGAUGUGAGAACAUGGAUUCCCUCCCUUCUCCAAGCUUAAGCCCAAAAUUUUUUGACGCAAGUAAUAUGUUACAAGAACCGCUAGAAAAAUUGCUUGGAGAGUCAGAAAUUAAGCCUGAUUGUAUCGUUUCUGACAUUUGUCUCCCCUGGACUUCACAUAGCUCGCUUAAGUUUAACAUUCCGAGGCUUAUCUUCCACACAGUUUCUUGUUUUUGUCUCUUGUGCUCUCACAACAUUGAACGCCACAAAGUUGUUGAGAGUAUCACCUCUUCUUCGGAGCCAUUUUUGGUUCCUGAUAUGCCUGAUUGGAUUGAGUUUACUGAACCCCAGUUGCCUAUGACAAGAUCAAACCUUUCAGAUGGUUUUCGAUCCCGGUUGGCCACGUUCAAAGAAGCUGAGGAUUCGGCACAAGGGAUUUUGGUGAAUACUUUUGAAGAGCUGGAGCCGAGAUACGUUGAAGAAUACAAAAAAGUGAAGAAAAUUUGGUGCAUAGGCCCACUUUUUUUAACUAGCAACACAUUUGCAAGAGAUUAUAAUAACAAGGCCUCCAAUGAUCACGAGUCACUGCAGUGGCUUGAUUCCAAACCACCAAGCUCUGUAGUUUACGUUUGCUUUGGUAGCCUUUCACACUUGAAAACUCAACAACUGAUGGAGAUUGGAUUGGGGUUAGAAGCCUCGAAUUAUUCUUUCAUCUGGGUGAUCCGAGAAGGAGAUCAUUUAACAGAACUCGAGAAAUGGUUUGAAGAAUACGUGUUUGAAGAGAAGGUUAAAGGGCGAGGUCUGAUUAUUAGAGGCUGGGCGCCACAGAUUUCGAUACUGUCACAUUCGGCGACCGGUGGGUUCUUGACGCAUUGUGGGUGGAACUCAACACUAGAAGGAGUGAGUUCGGGGAAGCCAAUGAUAACUUGGCCGAUGUUUGCGGAGCAAUUUUACAAUGAGAAAUUGUUGGUGGAGGUUUUGAAGAUUGGUGUGAGAGUUGGGGUUGAGAUGUCGGUGACUUGGGCGGAGAAACAAAAGGUUGAAGCUUGGGUGGAGAAAAAGAAGAUUAAGAAGGCGGUAGAGAUGGUGAUGGAUGAAGGAGAUGAAGGAGAAGAGAGGAGAAGAAAAGCCAAAGAGCUUGGAGAAUCGGCCAAGAAAGCUGUCAAACAAGGUGGUUCUUCUUACCUGAAUACGACCUGGUUGAUUCAACACGUCAUGCAACUACAGGUCAGUCAUCCAUGAUCAAACCCCAGUUAUAACUUUUGAUUUUUUUCUGUAACAAAAAACAAAUACUGUAAGGCUAAAAUUAAUGGUACAUUUGUUCUUGUUACUGGA